AGGUGACUGAAGCGAGCCCAGCCCCUUGCAUCCUCCCCCUGUGAAACCUCCCUCCCCUUUUUUCCGCCUUCGGCCAGCCGGGGCAGCCGCCGCAGCACCUGAGCCGCUGCUGCCGUUCGCUCCGGACGACGCUAUGGCCGAGCCUGGGCGCAGCCUCCAUCCCUCUGCCCGAGGCAGGGGAAGGACUGAGCGGCACACACUCCGGCUUCUACCGCUCCUGCUCUGGCUUGGGACCGCCUCCCAGGUGACCCAGGCGGCCGAAGUAGAGCUUCACGCCUGCAAAGAGUCUGAGUACCACUACGAGUACACCGCGUGUGACAGCACGGGUUCCAGGUGGAGGGUCGCCGUGCCGCACACCCCAGGCCUCUGCACCAGCCUCCCCGACCCCGUCAAGGGCACCGAGUGCUCCUUUUCCUGCAAAGCUGGGGAGUUUCUGGACAUGAAGGACCAGUCGUGUAAGCCCUGCGCGGAGGGCCGCUACUCCCUGGGCACGGGCAUCCGGUUCGACGAGUGGGACGAGCUGCCGCACGGCUUCGCCAGCCUCUCGGCCAACAUGGAGAUCGAUGACGGCACCACUGCGUCCACCGAGAACUGCACUUUGUCCAAGUGGGUUCCGCUGGGCGACUACAUCGCCUCCAACACGGACGAGUGCACGGCCACACUGAUGUACGCUGUCAACCUGAAGCAGUCGGGCACCGUCAGCUUCGAGUACUACUACCCAGACUCCAGCAUCAUCUUCGAGUUUUUUGUCCAGAACGACCAGUGCCAGCCCAGUAUGGACGACUCCAGGUGGAUGAGAACCACGGAGAAAGGCUGGGAAUUCCACAGUGUAGAGCUUAAUCGAGGCAAUAAUGUCCUCUACUGGAGAACCACAGCCUUCUCAGUGUGGUCCAAAGUUUCCAAGCCUGUGUUGGUGAGAAACAUCGCCAUAACAGGGGUGGCCUACACUUCCGAAUGCUUCCCCUGCAAGCCCGGCACGUACGCAGACAAGCAGGGCUCCUCUUCCUGCAAAGUUUGUCCAGAAAACUCUUAUUCAAACAAGGGAGAGACUUCUUGUCACCAGUGUGACCCUGACAAAUACUCAGAGAAAGGAUCCUCUUCCUGCAAAACACGCCCGGCCUGCACAGACAAAGACUACUUCUACACACACACAGCCUGUGAUGCCAACGGAGAGACACAGCUCAUGUACAAAUGGGCCAAUCCGAAAAUCUGUGGCGAGGACCUUGAGGGGGCGGUGACGCUGCCCGCCUCCGGCGUGAAGACCCGCUGCCCGCCGUGCAACCCUGGCUUCUUCAAAACCAACCUCAGCACCUGCGAGCCCUGCCCUUAUGGGUCGUACUCCAACGGCUCCGAUUGUAGCCUCUGCCCAGCUGGGACGGAGCCUGUUGUGGGAUUCGAGUACAAAUGGUGGAAUACACUGCCCACGAACAUGGAAACGACCGUUCUCAGUGGGAUCAACUUUGAGUACAAGGGCAUGACGGGCUGGGAGGUGGCCGGUGAUCACAUUUACACAGCCGUCGGAGCCUCAGACAAUGACUUCAUGAUUCUGACUCUGGUUGUGCCAGGAUUUAGGCCUCCACAGUCAGUGACGGCAGACACGGAGAAUAAAGAGGUGGCCAGGAUCACAUUCGUCUUCGAGACGGUCUGCUCUGUGGACUGCCAGCUCUACUUCAUGGUGGGUGCCAAUUCUAGGGCCAACACUCCCGUGGAAGCGUGGAAAGGUUCCAAGGGCAAGCAGUCCUUUACCUACAUCAUCGAGAAGAACGCCACCAUGACCUUCACCUGGGCCUUCCAGAGAACCACUUUCCAUGAGAUAGGCAGAAAGUACACCAACGAUGUCGCCAAGAUCUAUUCUAUCAACGUCACCAAUGUCAUGGAUGGGGUGGCUUCCUACUGCCGGCCCUGCGCCCUGGAGGCUUCCGAUGUGGGCUCCUUCUGCACCUCCUGUCCUGCCGGCAACUACAUCGACCGGGGCUCAGGGACCUGCCGCCCCUGCCCCGAGAACACAGUCCUGAAAGCCCACCAGCCCUACGGCAUCCAGGCCUGCAGGCCCUGUGGCCUGGGGACCAGGAGCAACAAGGUCCACUCUCUGUGCUACAAUGACUGCACCUUCUCCAUUGGCACUCGGAGCAGGACUUUUGACUACGACUUCUCGGCUCUGGCCAACACCGUCUCUCUGGCCGGAGGGCCAAGCUUCACUUCCAAAGGGCUGAAAUACUUCCAUCACUUCACCUUCAGUCUCUGUGGAAACCAGGGUAAGAAAAUGUCUGUGUGCACCAACAACGUCACCGACCUCCGGAUCCCUGAGGAUGAGUCCGAUUUCUCCAAAUCCGUCACGGCCUACGUGUGCCAAGUGCUCAUCAUCCCCCCAGAGGUGACAGGCUACAAGGCUGGAGUGUCCUUGCAGCCUGUCAGCCUCGCCGACCAACUUAUCGGGGUGACAACAGACAUGACCCUGGAUGGAAUCACCUCCCCAGCUGAACUGUUCCACCCAGAGUCCUUGGGAAUACCGGACGUGAUCUUCUUUUACAGGUCCAGCGAGGUGACUCAGUCCUGCAGUUCUGGGAGGUCGACCACCAUCCGGGUCCGAUGCAGUCCACUGAAGCCUGCCCCUGGCAGUCUGUCACUGCCCAGCACGUGCUCCGGCGGGACCUGUGACGGCUGCAACUUCCACUUCCUGUGGGAGAGUGCGGCCGCCUGCCCGCUCUGCUCGGCCGCCGACUACCACGCCAUCACCAGCAGCUGUGUGGCUGGGGUCCAGAAGACCACCUAUGUGUGGCGAGAACCAAAGCUGUGCAUGAGCGGCACUUCCCUACCCGAACCGAGAGUCACCAUCUGCAAAACGAUAGAUUUCUGGCUGAAAGUGGGCAUCUCCGCGGGCACCUGCACUGCCAUCCUGCUCACCGUCUUGACCUGCUACUUUUGGAAGAAGAAUCAAAAACUAGAGUACAAGUACUCCAAGCUGGUGAUGAACGCAUCCCUGAAGGACUACGACCUGCCAGCCGCCGACAGUUGUGCCAUCAUGGAAGGCGAGGACGUGGAAGAUGACCUCAUCUUCACCAGCAAGAAGUCCCUCUUUGGGAAGAUCAAGUCAUUUACCUCCAAGCAGCCAGCUCCUGUCACCAUCUCUCUUUCAGAGGACUCCUGAUGGAUUUGACUCGGUGCCACUGAAGACAUCCUCAGGGGGCCCUGAUGUGGACCUGUGAGGGGCACGGCCCCGCCUCCCCGGCCUCCUCAUUUGGCACAGCACCUUGCCAGCCUGCGGUAAUUUGGGUGCCAGCUUCCUGCGACACCCGCUGCUGGGAAUCUCUUCAUUGUGGCCUUAUCCGAAGAAGUUUGAAUUUUAGAUCUUUUGUUUUUUUUUAUAGAGUACCCACACCCUCCUCUCUGCUUGCCUCAAACCUGCCAAAUAUACCCACACUUUGUUUGUAUAUCACUCCCUUGCCUGCUUUUUCCCGAAAUGGUCCAGCUGCCGGAGCCAUAGCUUCCUCUGCUCAUGAUUCUUAUAGCCCCGGAAUGAACAGAUCUCUCUCUGCUUAAGUAUAGAAAUGACUCCCCUGCCCUCUUAUUUAAGGGCAGAAGCGGCUGGGAGAUUCCCUGAUCUCGUGCCCUCAGCCCGUGAUCUCUUUAGGAGAGAGGCCGGGUGACGAGGGUGCUGGCGUCCAUGAUGGACCAUCUCCAUGGUCAUGGUCACCUGGACUCGUCUCUCCUGAGUUCACAGCUCAGACGGAGUGUAGUGGACUGCCUGAGGGCUGGGCAAAGGCGGCCUGGGUGAGGAGAGGCUUGACAAGCACAAAGAGAGGCAGUAAGGAAGGCUUUGUUUUCUUCUUUAAACUAGGUACUUAAUUCUCUUUUCUGAAGUAAGAGAGAAAUAUUGUCACUGGAGCCAAAGGAAAAAGCUCACUGAGAAAAUGCCCAAAGUCCUGGUGGAUCUGCACUCCCCACUUUAUUUAUUUAUUUUAUUUUUUAAAAGAUUUUAUUUACUUAUCUUUAGAGGGGAAUGGAAGGAGAGUGGGAGAAAGAUAUCUGUGUGGUUGCCUCUCAUGCAUCCCCUGCUGGGAAUUGGCUUUAGACCCAGGCAUGUGCCCUGACUGGGAAUCAAACCGCAAUCCUUUGAUUUGCAGGUUUGCGCUCGAUCCACUGAGCUACACCAGCCAGGGCUGCACUCGCCACUUUAAAACAAAAAUCUCUCACCAUCUCCCUGUGACACUAAAGAAAACUAGGCACGCCCCAAACCCAGAUGUUCUACUUCCUUUCACCCAUAAAGAUGACAAACCCUGCCCGUGGGGACAAUUCCCCAUCCUUGGGUGCCCCAAGGCACAUCAUGCAACAGGGGUGUCAUAGUUUGAGAGGACACGAGGAGGCCACAGUCUUCACAGGGCCACACUGGGGGAUCCAGCCCCCAGGGGAAUGGACCUGAGGUGGCGAGGUCUGCUUACAAGCUCAUUCUCCUACUUAGCUGCAGAAUGAACAACUUCGAGGCUGGCCACAAGGGAACUGGCUCCUAGGCCCAACCCCCAGCAAAAAAAACGAAUCGGUCUUCAAGGAGGGGAAAACGAGGGGAGUUGAACAAGGGGAGUUGAACAAGGUGUUCACCAAACCGGGACUGGUCACACUUUUGGGUCCUUCCCUCUUUCCUGCUCUCAUUUUCUUUGUGUGCCAGAAAGCUAAAAGUACUUCUGACCCCACUUCCUGGCAGCAUCCCUUUUGAAAGAUGAGUACAGCAAGUAUCCUGUGUCCCUUUCGCUACUUCUAAACCAACUAUAAUCGAUGAACUUUAACUAGAAUGGCGAAACCAGAGCGAGAGUUCAGAUUUCCUUUUUGUGUCUACGACUGACAACUCUCCCUCCCUCACUAUCAGGCUAGAAUGACCGCCUCUUGCUCAAGGGCCCAGGUGCCCAUGGUUUGUGCCUGUCUUCUUCUUCAGUGGCCAUUGGUGACCAGAUGGUAGGUACAGAACGAAGAUGGCAAUUCUAAGUGGUUUGCCUGCCACAAACUGGUUUGCUGGUCUUACUAGCCAUUGCUGUCCCCAAAAUGGUCUCAUAACAGGGUCAGUGAGAACUGAAACCCUGCCGUGACGUCUGGCCAGCAACAGCACCACUGACGGUGAGCAGUCCCCUUGAUUCAAAAAAAAUCUAGAAGCGCUUCUUUGGGUUUCUGAACCCUCCCUUCUCUUGUGGGAGUCAGGCUCUCAGAAAUGGUGGCCACGUGGGGAUUUCUCCAGAAGGAUGCAGACAGUGGCCCCUGAGCUCCAGCCCCGGGUUUUCUGCAGCCUCUGCAACACCCUGGGCAUCUACAUGCCCCAUGAAUUACUUGCUUUUGUGACCAAGGCCACAGUACAUCCUUAGACUAUUCUAGAAGCAGUAGGAAAAGUACGCACCCUGUUGACUUCUUUAUUCUGACAUCUUGAAACUGAGUACCCCCGGAGCAGCCCCAAACUCCACUGAUUUAGUCACAAUACUUUAAAUGUCUUUUUACUAUCCCUUUGCGUACCGACUUCUGUGGAUCUCCCCUGCAGCAUGCUGGGAGCGCCUGAGUUACGCUACUAGGGUUGCCUGUUGCUCUCCUGGCAACCUAGACACAUGUUAGAUAUUUUUCAAUAGCUCUUUUAAGCUGUAAUUCAAAUACCAGGUAAUCCCCUCAAUUACGAUACGCAAUCCAAUAGAUUUUAGUACGCUCACAGAACUGUGUAUCCGUCACCACAGUCGAUUUUAGAACAGACACAUUAGAUGGUACGGCACCAUCUUACAGGGUGACGUCUGUGAGCAGGGGUGGUAUUUACCUUCCUCUUAGGCAGGGAGGUAGGAAAGUGUAAGGCCUAUGUCCUCACACUAAGGCUACAUUGGUUUGCACAAGCUAUUGGGGGAGAGAGUGUGGGCUCAGGGGAGAGAGUAUUUAAAUCAUAUUUAGUUACCUAAAGUCUUAGAACUCGAAAGUGACUCUCAGCACGUAGGUGUCACCUGGAUUUGGCUGGGAGUACAAAUGAAAACUGUGGCAUAUUCAAGGACCAGGGGAUUUCUUAUGCCAACAAAACCUUUUUUUUUUUUCUGACUCUACAGUAAAGAUAAGACUGACUAUAUUUAUACAACAGAGACUUUGUAAUGAAUUUUUUCAGCUUUGUGAAACCAAAUUUUUGCCUCAUCGAGACUGGUUGGAUUUCCCUUUUUUACUCUGUAUUCCAAGAGUUUGUAGUUUGUUAGGGGUUGGG